UCCCCCGCUGUCCGUGUCCGUGUCCGUUCCCGCCCCCGCUCGCGUCGCCGCCCGUCCGGGGCGGGCCCCGUGACGCGCUCCCGGUUCCGUUCCUGCGGGGCGAUGCCGGGGGAGGCGGUCACGCUGCAGCUCGGGCACUACUCGGGCUGCGUGGGCGCGCACUGGUGGGGGCUGCAGGCCGCCGCGCUGCGCAGCCCCGCCGAGCCCGCCGAGCUCCGCGCGGCCGCGCUGCUCCGCUUCGGGCGGGGCCCGGGCGGCACCGAGAGCCCCGAGCCGCGGCUGGUGGCGCUGGAGCUGAAAGGCGGCGUGGGCGCGCUCAGAGCGGACGGGGCGGGCACGGAGCCGCCGGUGAGCUGGGACGGGGCUGUCGCCGAUUACCGGGAGCCGGGCUGCGCGUCGCGGGACACCGGGAGCCGCAGGGGAGACGCUGCCGGGGAUGCCAAGGGGAAUCCCGGUGCUGCGGGGCCAGGUUCCUCUCCUGCAGGGUCCCAGGCUGCUCCCUCAGUGAGGCUCUGGUCUGAUUAUCUCAACGUGAACCUGCACCCCAAGAGCCUCUACGUGAUCCGGCAGUACCUGCACGAUGGGGAUUGUGGUUGUCUCGAAGCCUUUGGGCAAGGUGAAAGUCUCCUGCAGGACCCUGCCUGUGUGGAGGAGUUGGAAGAUCGGCUGCACUUCUUUGUUGAGGAGUGUGAUUAUCUUCAGGGGUUUCAGGUCCUUUGUGACCUCCACAAUGGAUUCUCUGGAGUUGGUGCCAAGGUGACAGAGCUGCUCCACGAUGAGUAUUCACACAAGGGGAUCCUCACCUGGGGCCUGACCCCAGUCCUGAGCGCUGUGGGGGACCCUCAGAAGAGUUUUUGCAGACUGAUGAACACAGCCCUGGGCAUUGCCCACCUGUCCCGUCACAGCUCCCUCUUCUGCCCCCUGUCACUCAGUGGCAGUUUGGGACUCAAGCCAGAACCUCCUGUGACGUUUCCAUACAUAAAAUACAACGCAUCCCUGAACUACCACAGCAGUGCAAUUCUGGCUGCAGCACUCGACACCCUCACGGCUCCCUACAGGCUCUGCUCCUCCCAGGGCUCCAUGCUGCACUUUGCUGACUCCCUCACCUUCUCUGGGAGGAAGGUUGUGGCUGCCUGGGCAGCUCUUCCCUUGCCUGCCUUGUCUGGCUCCUCGCUCCCUGAUGUUCUGAGUGCCCACCAGGAUGUGCCCUGGGAGCUUCUGUCCUCGUGGAAGGAGCACAAGGUCAGCUCCUGCUUUGCUCAGUCUGUUGUGCUACGAGGAAUUUGCCAGGAGAAAGCCACCAGGUGCCCAGGCCAGCCCAGGUCCCCCCUGCACAGCUGUGAGAGCCCCGAGCAGGUGCUGCAGCUCUACCUCCACAGCCAGUUCCCAGGAGCCCUCAGCACAUCCCUCGUGCUCCAGCAGCCCUGCCACACCCCAGCUCCAUUCCCCCAGUUCUUCUCUCCUCUCCUCACCAGACGAGGCUUCCUCCUGGACAGAGCCCAGGGCUCUUCCUCAGCAGCUGUUGAAAGCAGCCCCGUGCUGGCAGCGCUGCAGAGCUGCCCUGGGCUGCAGCGCCUGCCCUCGGGGCUGUGCCGGGAGCUGCGGCCGCGGCGCUGGAGCAGCUCCUGCGCGCCUGGGCUGGAGCAGGACGACGUGCAGGAGGCCCUGGAGGAGCUCAGAACCCUGGCCCAGUGCUAUGAGACAGGAUUUGGAGCUGAUGGGUCUGAGGAUGAAGCAGAUUCAGACUAAUCCACAGCUGGAGUGGCUUUGAGAUGGCUCGCAGAAUAAAAGGAAGGGUUUUGGAGACGGCCCCAGCUGUUCCUUCUUCUCGUUUUAUUACCAAAAAAUCUUCUGGGUGAAGUUUUCCAGCUACUCACAGUUGUGUGGCAAAGGAGGAAAGCUGCUUUUUCUUUUAUAUAUUUUGGUUGGGUUUUUUUUUUUUUUUUUCAGCUGUGCAA